AUGUCGGCGGUGGCGUGUUUUCAUUAUUUUCGUCUAAAAACUCAAAACAGGCGUUGCGUGGAAAGUGUGGGAAAGCGAGUUUUGUUCGUGUGCCGUUUUUGUUUGUUGCUUGAGCCAGAAGCGAUCGUUGGAUUCGCUGAAUUCUGGCCUGCCGGCGUCAGAAUCGUGUUUCCGGUUAGAGAAUAUGAUUCGCCGGCUUGGCUGAGCAGUCCUUGUGAAUUGCGUUGCGAAUGGUGUUUUUUUACCGCCAUUAUUAUGAUUUAUUACUUUGACGAUGAAACCGGCUUAGUGAUCAACGAAUAA